GCCACCCCGACGCCCCGUCACUCGUCAAACCCAAUUUAGAUCGGUAACGGACUCGCCCCAAGUGAGACGCCCGGUUUACGUUGGUUAGGCGCGAAACCCGUAACUAGGGUACUGACUCGCCCCGGGUUAGUCUUAACUAAGUCUUGGUCAUAAGGAUGAGAGACUUAGGGCACUGCGGUAGGAUCAAUAAAUAAAAUCAAAGAAUCCACCGAACCAAGAGUUGUGAUAACGAUUGCAAUUGGAAUGAAUUCCUACCUAAAUAAUUUAACUGUAGGGCAAGAUGCAAAACACAACUAUAGUUAAAUAAAAUAUGGAUCUUGGCCCCCUAGGGUAUUCUUCAAAUAGAAACCCCAAGUCAAUAGGUUCCGUACCUGAGGGUAGUUGACUUGUUAGAAAUAGUGGGAGAGUAUUUAAUAAAGACCUAUUAGAUACUUAAUUCAUGAUAAUAAUUAUCUUCGCAAAAUUCUGUAGAUGGCAAACAACAACACAAACAACCUCGCCCUGCGUUCCAUUCUGGAUAAAGAUAAAUUGAACGGAACAAACUUUGUUGACUGGAAACGCAAUCUCUCCAUUGUUCUCCGCAUGGAUGAGAAAGAGUAUGUGCUCGAAAAGCCCAUUCCUCCUGCCCCUCCCGCUAACGCCCCGAAAGCGGUCAAAGAUGCCUACGAGAAACACGUUAAGGAUUACAACCAGGUUAGCUGUGUCAUGCUGGCUACCAUGAUAACCGAGCUGCAAAAACAGCACGAGGACAUGAAGGCCCACGAGAUGAUCGUGGCCUUGCGGUAGCUAUACUAGGGGCAAUCCAGGAAUGAACGUUUUCUCGUGAGUAAGGCUCUCUUUAGUUGCAAGCUCUCUUCAGGGAACCUGGUCGGUCCGCACGUUCUCAAAAUGAUUGGUUACAUAACCAAUCUGGAGAAACUCGGGUUCUCCUUGCAGAAGGAGUUGGCAACGGACCUGAUCCUGCAGUCGCUCCCUGAGCUGUAUAAGGGUUUUGUCAUGAACUACAUGAUGCAUGAUCUUGACAAACCCCUUCCGGAGCUUCUUAAAAUGCUCCAGACUGCAGAGGAGAACCUUACUAAGGGCAAGGGUGCUUCCGUCCUUAUGGUCCAAGGCGGAAAGGGGAAGCCGAAGAAGGGGAUUAAGAU